AUCAUCAGCUGCUUGGACACCAGCUCGCUUCUCCAUUCUACAUCACAUCCAUCAAUCCAUUCCAUUCAUUGCAUUCCAUUAUUUGACUCGGUGUCGUCGUUGUGUCAGUGUUGUGAUUGUAUCAGAAGUGAAUACGCCGAGAACUCAUUUCAUUGUUUCAAAAUGAAUGCCUGAAGAAGAAGACGGAUUGCAUGUCAGUAAUAACAUAGAAACAGCCCACAAACAUGGCUCCUGUGCCCCUUGAAGGCCAUCAGACUCCUGUUGGCAACAAUGUCCCACAGGAGGGGGCCAGGGGAGGCUCCAUAUCUCUUGGGGUCCUCAUCGACUUCAUCGUGCAAAGAACCUACCAUGAGCUCACAGUGUUGGCGGAACUAUUACCACGUAAAACUGACAUCGAAAGAAAGAUUGAAAUCUACACAUUUUCUGCUCGUACAAGGCAAUUGUUUGUCAGACUGCUGGCUCUUGUCAAAUGGGCCAACAGUGCCUCGAAAGUGGACAAGUCUGCUCAUAUAAUGGCCUUUCUGGACAAGCAGUCAAUGUUGUUUGUGGAUACGGCUGACAUGUUGGCACGCAUGUCUCGUGAUACCCUGGUACAGGCUAGGCUACCUAACUUCCACAUCCCAGCAGCUGUAGAGGUGCUCACCACUGGCACUUACUCUCGCCUCCCAUCCUGCAUCAGGGAAAGGAUAGUGCCUCCAGAUCCAAUAACCCCAAGUGAACGUAGAGCCACACUACAUCGUCUAAACCAAGUGAUCCAACAUCGGUUGGUCACAGGCAACCUCCUGCCUCAGAUGAGGAACCUCAAGAUCGAAGCUGGCAGAGUGACGUUUCAUGUAGAGCACGAGUUUGAAGUUUCACUCACUCUUAUGGGGGAAGGACCAAACAUUCCCUGGCGGCUCUUGGAUAUUGACAUUCUAGUGGAGGACAAAGAGACUGGAGAUGGCAAAGCGUUGGUCCAUCCUCUGCAAGUGCAGUAUGUCCACCAAGUGGUACAAGCCAGAUUAGUGGACAAUCCCAACCCUCUCACAGAGGUCUACAACUGUCUGCAUUUCUUCUGUCAGUCCCUACAGCUGGAGGUGUUGUACUCUCAGACUCAGCGUCUGUGUCGGGACAGACUGGAUGGACACAUUCAUGUUGAUGAGUACUCCCCUGGAAAAUGCUUGUCUAUAUCAUAUUGGCGAGAAUUAACUUCAAAGGAUCCCAGAUCUGAGUUGGGAUACCGGCUUACAGUGCUGGUAGACACACACGAUCCAGCUAGACCUCUGUCCGUCGUCCAUGUGCCUACCCUCGGGAACAAAGUUGGUCUUGGCACUGAGGAGAACGAAAUAGCAGACCGAGCUAUAAGGUCCGACCUGUUGUCCAUGGAGAGGCUGCUGGUACACACCAUCUAUGUUAGGACCAAGAGUAGGCUGUCUGACCUUAAAACUGAGCUGCAGACCAUGCUCAAGGAUGUUGACUGUCAGCUGCAAGGUUCACCAGCCAUCCUUAGUGUGGCCAUACUGCAGCCAUGCCUGCGGGCAGAGAGUCUCUUGGUGACUGUAGACACGCACACAGGCAUGCUGCAGUGUCACGUACCACAGUAUGAUCCUCCCAUCAUGACAGAGCUGCAGUCUGCCCUCAAUACAGACCACACUAGGCUACCCACACUCAUCUCAGAAUUGAGGUAUUGGAUGACCCAAAGACGCUGUGAGAUGACCUUGCAGCAUUUGCCCGCCACUCCUCAUGAGAAGCUGCCUCUACUGUUCCUGGCUGACCAUCCUCUCAGCAGAAUCUCCAGGCACAAGAUGUUUGUCAAACUCCAUAAACAUCCCAAUGUUAUUCUUGUGGUUGAGAUAAAGGAAAAGGAAAACUCCCCCUGCGAGAUGGAAUGCAAUUUCUAUCUUGCAGUAGUCAAGCACUCAUCAAUUGAAGACAAUCCCCAUGAUGAUUCUAUUGAGACGGAGAUACCAAAGAUGUAUCUGAAAGUGCUGACACUUAUUGAAUUUGACACUUUUGUUACUACUCAUGGACCAUUCACUUCGGUAGAUGAGCAAAAAGAAAAGUGUAACCUGAAACGUAAAUUGGCGAGCCUAAAUGACCAACAAUCUAGCCGCCCCUGCAUGACCCCAGCAUACUUUAUACCCGAGUUGGCUCAUGUUGUCGCUCUUUGUGAUGAGAGGAUACCAUUCGUCACUUUGGCUCAGGAGUUGACACGCAGGGAGAUAGCACACCAAGGACUACAAGUGGAGGCCAAUGCCACAGCUCUAGUCCUGCGACUGGUACAGCUACCUCCACCCCCUGGUCUGGCCCAGUCCUCCGGUUGGUUCUCAUUGCUCAAGCGGCUGCUGUCCGUCUCUAUCCGUGUCUUUGGCAAGGUCAAGUGUUGGAUGGCAGAGUUUGUCAUGUACGGCAGCCCCCUGGCCACCACUCAUCCCAAGGAGCAGGGCAUGCGUCGACCCGUGUAUUUCCAGUACGAGAUGGGAUCUGCAGACAAUGUUGGCAAAACUGUAGACGCUCUUCUCAAUGAUUGGGCACAGAUCGCACAUCUCUACACACUUGUGGAUGAACUUGCAGAGUACUUUAGAAUAGAGAAGUACAACCUGUCCAACAUGGUCACCAUCAAGUCCUACAGCUACAGCAAACUGGUAUUGGGCUACGGUCCAGAGAGAGGAGCAACAGUUACAGUGCAGUGGAAUAGCCAGGCACAGGCCUUCACACUGGUCUUUGGAGGCAGCAAUACCUGUGUAAAUGCCCAUUCACUGUUACGGGAACAGUUGGAGGCACAUCUGAACCGACACAGGAACCUGGCCCAGAUAGUGCACCUGCUGCAUGAGACGUAUGAGCCGCUGAUAUCUGUGAGCAAGCUGCCCACAAUCCCGCAGUUAGGUGUACACAACUCACGGCCACAGGUGCCUGUCCAGACCUUCACCGUCAUGCCGCAGUCACCCACACUCAUCCGACUGACUUACCAGGGCAUGUACUGUCUAGAACUGCGGCUACGUGGUGGUGGCCUUGUCAGUUUGCGUGAUGCUGCGUACAGUCGCUUCGACCGAACCAACGUUGUUAAUGAGUUCUCCCCCACACCAGGUCUCAAGACAUUCUUAUCAAAAUAUGUGGAUGAGAGUGCUGUUUUCCGGAGGAGAUCUCAAUCAGAGGAUGACAAUCCACCAUCGCCUGUGCCUAUGGACCCGGUGGAAGGAGGAGGCUUCUUGAGUGGGCACCGGCAGCCUCAGUCCCCCAACACAAGAGAGGGAGGACUUCGCUUCCACCCACCCCUCACACCCCCGUCAGGCAGCAACCCUCAUACCCCAGCCAGCCCUCACACCACUAAUAUCUCUCAGACUCAACAACACCAGAGCUUUGGCUCCAGCCCAGCUACCUCAUUCAACCUGGCGUCUCCACCAUCACUACCACCUAACAUUAACCCCUCUCCUUCCAUGCUACCCCACCCUUCCCCCAGCUCCAGCUUACUGGCCAACUCUCCCUCUAAUCCUCUUCAUGUCCCCUCUCCUAUGCCUAUCUCCUCCCCCGGCCCAGCCAUCACAGUUGGUCACUCCCCUGCAAGCUCCUUCAUGGGACAGCCAGGUCACACUGAUGGCAGUCCUUUUCCAUCGUCGCAGAGCAUGACAUCUCCGGCAGCUUCCAACUGGCCAGCAUCUCCAGGCAUGCCCCGCCCCUCCCCUGCCCGCCCUGGACAGUCCCCCGGACACCCUCAUCCCGCCCUACACAGUCCAGAUCACAAGACUGGUGUGAGUCAGCAGUCUCGAGUUCUUCCCCAGCGAUCAUGGGCUGGAGCAGUUCCAACAUUGCUGACCCAUGAGGCUUUGGAUCUGCUGUGCUCUCCUUCCUCCCACCCACAGGGACUGCCAGGACCCGAACUGGCUCCUCUAGAGCGAUUCCUAGGCUGUGUGUACAUGCGGCGUCAACUACAGCGCUUCAUCCAGUCUGAAGAAUGUCCGCAGUUGUCGCAGAUGACCACCACAGAGCCAGGAGUUGUUUACUUCAAAGUGGAGACGUUACAGUGUCGUGUAGGGCUCAACACCCAGCAUCUGCAGUCUUUACACAUCAAGAUCACAACUGCGCCAGAACAUAAGGACUCAUGGUCCCCGGAGGAAAUACAAGUGCUGGAGAAGUUCUUCGAAAUGCGUGUCAGCGCUCCACCCUUCAAGCCUAACGCACUCUGUUGCUUCGGUCGCAUGCUUAGUGUGCAGUUCAAUCUGCUCAAGGACUUUGUACAGAUAAUGAAGCUUGAGUUGGUGCCAGGUCUAGUGCAGCAGCAAGGCCUUAAGUGGACAGUCCAGUGGUGUCUCAGGAUCCCCCCGUCUGCCCCUCCCAUAGUUCCUGCAGGACAAGCUGCAGUGUUACUCUGUCGCUCAAAGAUUCUCCUGUUUUUGCAGAUCACCCGAGUGGGUUACAUGGACCCACCGACAUUGGUACUGCCCCUUGUGUAUGACACCAGUACCAACUUAACUCAGUUAGCGGAAAAGCGAGAGCCGGGCCCAGCGGCUGGACUAACUGCUGCCAACGCACAACUCAAGCGUUUUGUUGAGAUGGCUGCCAUCCACAACGAGUGCUCACUGUUUCCUGCUGUUCGUGACCUGCUGGCCAACCUUGUAUUACCCACAGAACCUCCUCAGGUGGUGUCAUCUCCAGUGGGGCCAUCUCCUGUGGUUAUGGGGGGGCAGGCCCAGGCCCCUGGCAACAUGAUGCACUCGCCCAUGAUGGGAGGGCCCCAGGCAGGCCCCGGCUAUGGCCCUGUCCCCGUCGCCAUGAGCAUGCAGCACCCCAUGAUGGGGGGGCCCCAAUGAGGAUACGCUCCACACUCCCAUGGGAUGCUGGGUUAGCAUGAGCUGCCUAUGCCCAGGGGGUACCAACACUUCCAGGUGCUGUGAAAUGUGAAAAGUGAGAGACUCCUUUAGUGGCAGACUGACACUAGUGAAACGUGGGUGGUAAUAACCACAACAGUUCUCAAUUAUAUUGACUCUUUACGCAAGAGGUGCUGUGUUUUAUUGUUUUUAUUGUUAGCUAAUAGUAAAUAUUAAAAGUUGAUGUUUUCUCAAUGUAUAUGUGUAUAACUAUUGAUAAGAAUGGCAUACAAUGGUUUUCGAACAAUAUGUUUGUGUCCUUUGUACAUAUGAUCUCAAGAUAUUAUUUUACACUGAGAGCAUUCAGGCAAACUUUGGAAUAUUGUAUAGAUUACUUACUAUUCCUUUACUUUUGUAUUAUACAUAUAUUUAUUAUAAAACAAAUAAAUUAGUAUUUUUGUGUUAAAAA